AUGACGUUUCCUGCACGCUUUCAAACAGACUCAGACUUGCUAACUACUGCAUUUUCAGCAAUUAUGGGUUUAGAUCUGAGUACAAAUGUUUCCAAUUCUGAUCAUGUAGAGAAGGUUUCGCUGUUUGAUCAUCAUAAAACAACAUAUUCAUAUGGUCGCGUUGGUAACACCCAUGCUACUUCAACAGCGGCAAAUCAAUGUUUAUUAUUUAUUAAGAUGCUGGGUGAUGUAACAAUUGAAUGUGAAGUAAAGACAAAUGCUACGAUUCAAGAAAUUAAAGCACGCAUUUAUGAAUUGGAAGGAAUAUCACCUGAUAAACAACGUCUUAUAUUUGGCGGAAAGCAGUUAGAGGACGGUAAAACUAUGUCUGAAUAUGGCAUGCCCUUGGAACCUACACUUCAUCUUGUAGCAAGAUUACAUGAUACCAACCCAGUUAUUCUGGAUCCAUCAACCUUAGAUCCAAUACAUAAUUAUGACUUUACGAAUAUAAACGAUGGUCAAAAUACAUUUAUACGAGGUGGUGCGAGAUAUAUUCGUCCUUGUGGGUUCAAACGAUUUGCACUCAACGUAUCCGAUAAAUUUGAAAAUUUGCAAUGGCUAGGAUGUAAUGAUGGUGAGGGUGAAUGGCCUGUUUCAUAUCAUGGAACUAGUGCUCAUAAUAAUAAAACAAUUGCGCAGGAUGGGUAUGCUUUAACACAAGAAAGACAAUUGGCAUUUACUCGUGGCGUCUAUUCGACUCCAGAUAUACAGCUAGCGACAAAAUACGCAAAAAGAUUUACCUAUAACAAUGAGCAGUAUCUAGUUGUCUUUCAAAAUCGUGUGAAUCCUGCAAAUGUAGUAAAAUUAAAAUCUGUUUCGCCAGGAACUGAAGACUAUUGGGUUAGUCCAAGCGACACAGAUGUGCGUCCAUAUGGUAUUUGUAUUCGAAAAGUAUAA